CAGGUGCUACACCUCCCUCUAUAACCAAUCAGUGAAUACUGAGUUCUGUAUAAGAGCUUGUCUUAGAGGGACACAUUUUUAUUCUACAAAGGUCCUGAUGACACAAAGAUCUGCAUAGUAAAAGGGCAAAAAUUAGCAGUGGAACAAAUCAAAAGGAUUUUCUUGAAAGAUACAACUGCUGCCAGAUUGACGAGAACUGCAAUCAUGGCUCCUAUUUUACUGAACAGCAUGGGAAAUGAACACAGCAGUUACAUUCAAGUCUAUUCUCUAAUUCCACAUCAAUAACAGAUGUGAUGUGUCAUAGACAGGUUGAGUAUGUGAAGAACCCUCACUUAGACGGCAUGGAAGAGGACAUCCUGUACCACUUCAACCUGGGCACCAAGACCCAUGAUCUGCCCCAAAUGUUUGGGGAUGUGAAGUUUGUUUGCGUUGGCGGAAGUCCUAAUCGGAUGAGAUCUUUUGCCCAGUUUAUCCAUGAGCAGCUGGAGCUGCCUGGCAACAUUGCAGACAUCAAAGACAUCUGUGAGGGAACGGACCGAUAUUCCAUGUAUAAAGUUGGACCUGUGCUGUCCAUUAGCCAUGGCAUGGGCGUUCCCUCCAUCUCCAUUAUGCUGCAUGAGCUCAUUAAAAUGCUCUAUCAUGCUCGUUGUCGUGAUGUCAUCAUCUUUCGCAUUGGCACGUCAGGCGGAGUUGGUCUGGCUGCAGGUACUGUAGUGAUCACAGAUAAAGCUGUGGACUCUUUCUUCAGGCCACAGUUUGAGCAGGUGGUUUUGGGGAAGGUAAUCAUCAGGAGCACAGAGCUAGAUGAAGAUGUAGCCCAAGAGCUGCUGCAGUAUUCAUCAGAGCUUCCAGAUAUUCCCACUGUUAUUGGAAACACAAUGUGCACGCAUGACUUCUAUGAAGGCCAGGGGCGACUGGAUGGAGCCCUGUGUUCAUUUUCCACUGAAGAAAAGUUAGAGUAUCUGAGGAAAGCCAACGAGGCAGGCGUUAGGAACAUUGAGAUGGAAUCCACUGUCUUUGCUGCCAUGUGUCGUGUCUGCAAUCUUAAAGCUGCAGUGGUGUGUGUGACUCUGCUGAACAGGUUUGAGGGGGACCAAAUUUCUACACCUCAUGAUGUUCUUCUGGAAUUUCAGCAGAGACCGCAGCGCCUUGUGGCUCAUUUCAUCAAGAAACGCCUUAGACUCAUCUCAUAAAAAUCUGUAAUGAAUGCCUACAGUGUACAUAAUACUGUUCAUAGUGUGUUUGUGUUAUUUAAAAGUGACAUUCUUAAACCAUCCUCAGCUGACCUCCUAACAUUUAAAACCAAUGAACAUACACCUCAUCUGUGUAAUUUUUGUAUUAUAACUUAUAAAUCCAAUAUGAUUUAAAUUAUAUGUAGUAAGCUUAUCAGCUUAUUGGAAAUAAGCUAAAUAAAUGAUGUGUUCAUGAAAAGA